AUGCAACAUGUUUCAACAUUUGGAAUCAGAUGCCCUGACCACCACUUACCCCUUUAUAUAUAUAUCGAUGACGGCUUCCUAGAUGCUUCCCACCGUCACCAAUUGAUCGAAAAUGGUGAAGGCAGCAGCUGCUGCUGGUCAGUGACGGCGUCUCCGGCGGGCAGGAAUGGCCACUGUCGGCCAAUCCGUCUUCAUCUGAUAAGAGGAACCUGUAAUUUCUUCUAUACCACCAGAUAAGAGAAACCAUCUUUUGAGAAACUAUCUGUUGAGAGGGCCCCAUAUCAUAGCUGUAAAGACUCAAUAUCCGGGCAGGUUGAGCUAACACCCGUUUAUUGAUCCUCAAAAGAGAAAACCAAUUAAGGAGCCUCUUACAAGUGAAGAGUUAUGGUGGAAUUGGAGAAAACCAGAUAAAGAACAAUGGUCCAGGUGGCAGAAGAAACGCGACCUGACGCUGAAACAGUUUGUAAAAUUACUUAUAUACCCUUCAGGUGUUUCUCAAGGCCAUCACGUGAAGCUGUUGAAAAACAUUUUGAAGAAACUGGAGAAGAUGAAAACACACAGCUUAUAGAAAUGUUUUCAUGUCAAACUGCUGCUGAAUAUGGCAUAAUGAUGGGAGCUGAUCAUCGGAUUUCAAGAGAUCCAUUGGCUAUGAGGAUGAGAGAAGAUCAAAGUAAGCAAAUAUGGGGUGGAGAUCCGGUUUAUCCAACAGUGAAUUAUAUGUUUGUAUGUAUACAUUAGAGUAGACCUUUAAUUUCGUUUAAAAUGCACUUCUUAACAUUUCUAACUUCUCUCAUAAGUAAUAGAAACAUUUGACUACUUGUCUAUAUAGCUUUAUUUUCUUGGUUGUAUGGUUGUGAUAUAAAUUUGGCUGAUUUAGUUACGUAUUAAAUAAUGAGCUUGACGG